ACUGCAGGAAUAUUUACAAUUCAUCACUCACCAUCUUGGCUAUUAAACAUGCACCCUCAGAAUGAUGCCAUCCAAUGAUAGCUCAUGACCAAACAGAAGUGGUUCCUUGAUAAGUGUUUAAAGAUGACAGGUUAAGAUAUGUUUUGAAUUAAGAUUUUUAAAAGUUAUUUUUUUACAAAGACACUUUUGUUUUCUACCCCUAGAUAUUAUGAUCAACAUGCUUAAUUCCAGGAUUUUAAAAUAGUGAGCCAAAGUUUAUAGCAUUAUAUUCUGCUUUAGAGUAGGACCUCUUAAAGAAACUAUUAUUUUUGUACCAAUUUAUAAGUACUCUGAAAUGAAGAACUAUGCCUUGAUAACCUCUGUUCCUCUGCAGUGACUAGGGGAAAGCAGGAGAUGGUUUAAUACUUACUGUACCUACUGUAACAGGUGCUUUGCUAGCCACUAUACAUUAAAUCCCAUAAUAAAUUUAUAAAUUAGGAACUAUGAUUUCAUUUUUCAGAUGAGGAAAGAGGCUAGAAGGUGACUUGUUCAAAGGAAUUUUUAUACAGAAUGAUUCACUCUUUUAAUAUGCUUUGCUUAGUUAUCUAUUUUUUAAAAGAUUCUAAUUUAUUUUACUUUCCACAGAGAAGUACCUACUUUGUAGGUAAUCAAAGAGUUGUGCACUUGAACUCAAAAAUAAGUUAGUAAAGAAUUUGGUCAAAAAAAUCUUAAUUUAUACUUUUAUCUGGGCUUUGCCUAAAUUACACGUGAGGAAAUAACAUUAACAUUUACUGGCCACCUACUGUGUGUGAAGCAUUUAUAUGUAUUAUCUUAUUUAGGCCUCACAACUCAGUAAGGGAAAUACACCUCCAGAAGAGGAAAUAUUGACUCAAAAGUGCAAUGACUUGCCUAAGGUCAUACAAGUAAACAGAACACAUCAUUCACUUCUUAUGAAAAUAAAUCUUACUAUAGGUAAUAACCCUCUAAAGGCAGUUUUCCCUUAGAAUAAAUUUCUCUCCAAAGCUCUAUUCUAAAUAAAUUUUAUAAUCACAUUACCAGAGAGUCUCAUAUGUUUACUUACAAACAUUAAUUAAAAAUACUCAAAUCAUAUAGCUCCAAAUUGUGUUUCAAAAUAAGUUCUGCUAAAGUAGUCAUUUCUUAGUCAUUUUGUGGCUUAUUGCACUUCCGGAACCAACUAUUGAUAAACUUCCUCUUUUUGUACAGAAUCCAUUUCAGUUUGCUAGAGGACCAUUUUUAAUCUGAAUUGAACCACCCCUUUUGCUUUCUUAGCCAAAUCACCAAAAUGUGCAGUUAGAAGUGAGAAUUUAGCCUUCCGCAAAAGAAGUUAACAGCUGAGAGGAAACAUUCUGAAAUGGAUCUCAAGUACUUCCUCUUAAUUUUGUUUUGUGGAUACCUGAAUGAUACAAUUUUCUCAGAGACAGAAGCAACUACAACAGAGAAGCAACCACAGUCUGCUCUAUUGGGAUCACCAAUACCAUAUGUCUCCACUAAUUCUCAAAACACAACAGGGAAUCCUUUGGGUCAACCAACACAAUUCAACAACGUUGCUUCUGGACAACUAAUACAAACUGCCACAGUCACUGGACAACCAACACCAGCUGCCUCUUCUGAAAAACCAGCACCACAUAUUUCUGCUGGACAACCACCUGCCUAUAACAUCACCAGGCAAUCAACAGCAAUGGCCAGUGCUUCCCCACAAAUGGCACUACCUGUGUUCACCUCUGCCAGCCAACUACCACUAUCUGCCCACACUCCUACCAGAAAACUGCCACCUUUUAUCUACACUUCCACUCAACAGCCAUUAUUUAUCCACACCUCUUCUAGUAAACAAGUAGCACCAACCAUUCAUAAUCUAGCCACACAACAAACACCAAAUGUCAAAAGUUCACCUAUGUUUACACCAGGAUUCAUCCUACAAACCACUAGUAGCAGUAAGAGCCCACCUAAAACCAAGUCUAAUUCAACAGCUGCCAUAUUAGUUGGUAUAAUUAUGACUUCUAUGUUGAUAGCUAUAAUCAUGAUUGUACUGUGGAAAUGCUUGAGAAAACCAGUUCUAAAUGAUCAAAACUGGGCAGGUAGGUCUCCAUUUGCUGAUGGUGAAACCCCUGACAUAUGUUUGGGUAACAUUAGAGAAAAUGAAGUGCCCACAAAACGUACAUCAAUUAUUUCACUUAUGGCCUGGAAACCAAGCAAAAGCACAGUUCCAGCAGAUGACUUAGAAAUUAAGUUGUUCGAAUCAAGUGAAAACAUUGAAGAUUCAAACAACCCCAAAACAGAGAAAAUGAAAGAUCAAGCAAAUGGUACAUCAGAGGAUAGUGCUGGUGGAUCAACAAUUGGCACUGCCAUUUCCUCUUCAGACGAUGCAGAUCUGCCUCCACCACCUCCUCCCCUUCUUGACUUGGAAGGACAGGAGAGCAACCAAUCUGACAUAAUGACGUUAUCUCUUCUUCCAAGUGAUUCCACCAAACUCCCAUCUCUGGACUGUCUCAAUCAAGACUCUGAAGAUCAUAAUUCCAAGUUCCAAGAGUCAUUUCCACCUCCCCCUGACUCAUUUAACUUGCCCCUGGCACCAGAAGAUUUUAUGAAAAACCAGGAAGAUUCCAACAAUGAGACCCAGUGUCAGUUCUCUAUUCCUCUUGAUUCUGAUCAAGAUCUCAAUGAAUCCCUGCCACCCCCACCUGAAGAAUUAUUAUAAAUACUACAACUUGCUUUUUAGCUGCUUUUCUGUCCUUCUUAAAGGAUUCCAUCUUUUGUUUUACUCAUGUGAUGAAAUAUAUUCACUGGUAACUGGUAGCCAAUUCUGAUUUUUAUUCAGGAACUACCUGAAAUCUGCUCAAAGCUCAUGUGCAUACAUGGAACUUAUUUUUAAAAACUAUGGAAUAGUGAUCUAUUUACUGGCUAUAGUAUCUAACUUUAAUGUAUAGUACAUUUUAUGUAGGUGGAUGGAUGUCAAAAACAACCAGUUUGGAAACAAAAGUCUACAUAUAUUUAAUAUCACCCAGUAGAUAGUUUUUUUCUUGAAAUAAAUAAAAUUCUAUUUUUCCAUUUCAAAGUUUGAGGUGGGGGAAAUGAGAAAUUAAAUACACAGUCCAAGUUUUAAAUUAAUCCCUCAGGUAUAUUAAAUAAAUGUUCCAAGUUUGUGUGGAUGUGAGAUUAAAAUGCAUGUUUGAGAAUUGAGAAAUAUCCUUUUUAGCUCUCAUGGAAAACAGUAAAACAAACAAAUUAAAACACCAAAUUGGGGGGUUGGUUGGGGACCUUCACUCUGAAUAAAAACAGGAGCAUGUACUAUAGCAUGUAGACAUUUGCUUAUCUUGUUGGGGAAGUACAAAUUUUAAAACUAGCCCCAUUAAAAAGUUUUGUCUUUACAUGCCUUAAAAACCCAAACAAAUGAAAUCUUAUAUAAAGGGGAAAAAAAACCUUUUUGGCUUCAUUCCAAAUUUGGAUGAUUUUUUUUUUUUCCUGGAUAAACAGAUUGUAUCAAAAUACAAACGGUUCCCAACUUUCACUGAACUCAUACUUUCUGACACUAUACAUUUGAGCUCUUAAAAACCACCUUUCUUGGAAGCAACCUAAGUGUCCAUCAGUAGAUGAAUGGAUAAAGAAGAUGUGGUACAUAUACACAAUAGAAUAUUAUUCAGCCAUAAGAAGAAAACAAAUCCUACCAUUUGCAACAACAUGGAUGGAGCUAGAGGGUAUUAUGCUCAGUGAAAUAAGCCAGGUGGAGAAAGACAAGUACCAAAUGAUUUCACUCAUAUGUGGAGUAUAAGAACAAAGAAAAACUGAAGGAACAAAACAGCAGCAGAUUGACAGAACCCAAGAAUGGACUGACAGUUACCAAAGGGAAAGGGACUGAG